GACACAGGAAUAACCAUGCCCGAGCCCGUCCCAGCAGAUAAACCGGAGGGGGGUGAUGCACCCCCUGCAGAUGGAGAUUCAGAAGAUGGAGGUGAGGGAGGAAGCACUGAGCUGACUGGGCUCUUUGUGGAGAAACCCCCGGACAAUGUAGUUGCAGUAGCAGGACGUGACAUGACCUUCAUAGCCAAGGUUGACUCAUCUGCCCUUACAAGGAAGCCCGUCAUGAAGUGGCUGAAGGGCAAAUGGAUGGAUCUUGGCAGCAAGGCUGGAAAACACAUGAAGUUCAAAGAAAGUUAUGACAGAAAUACCAAGAUUUAUACAUAUGAGAUGCAGAUCAUUAAAGUGGUUCCGGGUGACGCAGGUGGAUAUAGAUGCGAGGUUACGGCUAAAGACAAGUGCGAUAGUUGCACAUUUGAGAUCACAGUGGAGGCCGCGCACCAGGAGGAGCAGAGCGAUAUUUUGUCUGCCUUCAAAAGAGCGGAUGCUGGUGAGGAUGAAGGAGAUCUGGACUUUAGUGCUUUGCUUAAAGCCACUAAGAAGAGGAAGAAGGAGGAGGAGAAGCCCGAGAUUGACGUGUGGGAGUUGCUUAAGAAUGCUCAUCCAAGCGAAUACGAAAAAAUUGCCUUCCAGUAUGGCAUCACUGACCUGAGGGGCAUGCUCAAGCGUCUGAAGAAGAUGAACGCACCAGAGCCCAAGCACUGCGAGGCUUUCUUGAAGAAGCUUGAAUCCUGCUACUCGGUGGAGAAAGGCAAGAAGAUCGUGCUGACCUGCGAGGUGGUUGACCCCAAUGUUCAGGUCAAAUGGCUGAAGAAUGGUCAGGAGAUCAAACCAUCGGCAAAGUAUCUGAUGGAGGCCAAUGGAAACAUCAGAACUCUAACCAUCAACAAGACCACUCUGGCCGAUGACGCUGCGUAUGAGUGUGUGGUGGGAGAGGACAAGUGUUUCACAGAAGUCUUUGUCAAAGAGCCCCCAGUGACCAUCACCAAGCUGAUGGAUGACUAUCACGUUGUGGUCGGGGAAAGAGUGGAGUUUGAGAUUGAGGUUUCAGAAGAAGGCGCCCACGUCAUGUGGUUCUUUGAAGAUAUAGAGCUCCAUAAAGACAAAAACUCCAGAUUCCGCUUUAAGAAAGAUGGCAAGAAGCACACACUGAUUAUCCCAGAAGCUACUCUGGAUGACAUUGGCAUGUACCAUGCCUGGACUAAUGGGGGUCAUACCAAAGGAGAGCUAGAAGUAGAAGAAAAACAGCUGGAGGUGUUGCAGGACAUUGCUGAUCUGACAGUGAGGGCAACAGACCAAGCCAUGUUCAAGUGUGAGGUGUCUGAUGACAAGGUUACAGGGAAGUGGUUUAAAGAUGGAGUCGAAGUUCUGCCAAGUGAUCGAAUUAAAAUGACUCACAUUGGAAGAUUUCACCGGCUCAUUAUUGAUGAUGUGAAGCCAGAGGAUGCUGGAGACUACACAUUUGUUCCUGAUGGAUACGCUCUGUCACUUUCUGCCAAACUCAACUUCCUAGAAAUCAAGAUUGACUAUGUGCCCAGACAAGAUCCACCAAAGAUCCAUCUGGACACAACUGGCAACAUGGUCUCUCAGAACACCAUCAUCGUUGUGGCUGGAAAUAAGCUGCGUUUAGACGUGGAGAUCACAGGAGAACCCGCACCAACUGUGGUGUGGUCAAAGGGGGACCAGGCAAUCACCGAUGGACAAGGCCGUGUGCGUGUAGAGUCCAGAAAAGAUGUGAGCUGCUUCGUCAUAGAGGGUGCGGAGAGAGAGGAUGAAGGCAACUACACCAUCUGUGUCACCAACCCAGCGGGAGAGGACAAGGCUAACCUGUUCAUCAAGAUUGUUGAUGUGCCUGAUCCCCCUGAGAAUGUGAAAUGUACCGGAGUGGGAGAGGAUACUGCUUCAAUUGUUUGGGAUGUUCCGAAGUUUGAUGGAGGAGCGCCAAUCAAAGGUUAUCUAAUGGAGAGGAAGAAGAAAGGCUCCUCCAGAUGGACUAAACUCAACUUUGACGUGUAUGAAUCCACCACAUACGAGGCUAAGAGGAUGAUCGAGGGCAUUCUGUAUGAGAUGAGGGUGUUUGCUGUGAACAGUAUUGGCCUGUCUCCACCCAGUCUCACCUCUAAGCCCUUCAUGCCCAUCGCCCCCACCAGCGAGCCCACCCGCCUCACCGUGCACGAUGUGACGGACACCACAUGCAGUCUCAAGUGGCUCGCUCCUGAGAAGAUUGGAGCUGGAGGCCUGGAUGGCUAUGUUAUUGAGUACUGCAAAGAUGGAGAUACUGAGUGGGUGGUGGCAAACCAGGAACUUUGUGAAAGGCAAGGAUAUGUGGUGCGCGGUCUCCCAGUGGGUGAGAAAAUCAACUUCAGGGUGGUGGCCGUAAACAUUGCUGGCAGAAGUCCCCCUGCAGUCUUGUCUCAGCCUGUCACCAUCCGCGAGAUCAUGGAACACCCGAAGAUCCGUCUUCCGCGUGAACUGAGAACAAAGUACAUCAGGAAAGUAGGAGAUAAAAUCAACUUGGUCAUCCCUUUCCAGGGUAAGCCACGCCCGGUCGCCACCUGGUACAAGGAUGGUCAGCCCGUUGACCCCAAGACGGUCAAUGUCCGUAAUUCCAACGUGGACACCAUCUUGUUCAUCCGUGCCGCAGAGAGAGAACACUCCGGCACAUACGAGCUGGUGCUGCAGAUUGAGAACCUGGAGGACAGGGCCACCAUCAACAUUCGGGUAGUGGAGAAGCCUGGACCUCCUCGUAAUGUGAGGGUGACAGAUGUGUGGGGCUUCAAUGCUGCUCUGGAGUGGGACCCUCCUACGGACGAUGGCAACUGUGACAUCAGUGGCUACACCAUCCAGAAAGCAGACCAGAAAACCAAGGAGUGGUUCACUGUUUACGAGCACAACAGGAGGCCAAACUGCACUGCCUCAGACCUGAUCAUGGGAAACACGUAUCAGUUCCGAGUGUUCAGUGAGAACCUGUGCGGCCUGAGCGAGGAGGCACGCGUCAGCAAGAACAGCUGUCAUCUCCUUGAAUUUGGCCUUCAGUUGAAGUCUGCCUCCUACAAGGAGAAGGACAUGUCCUGCAUGCCCAAGUUCACAACGCCCCUGGUGGACAGAUGCGUGGUGGCCGGGUAUAGCACUGCCAUCAGCUGUGCCGUCAGAGCCUUCCCCAAGCCUAAAAUUAUCUGGAUGAAAAACAAAAUGAUUAUUGGUGAGGACCCCAAAUACCUGAUGCAGAAUAACCAGGGUGUGCUGACCCUCAAAAUCCGCAAGCCGAGCACUUUCGAUGGAGGAAUGUACUCGUGUAGAGCUAUCAACGAGCUGGGCCAGGACGAGGUGGAGUGUAAAUUGGAUGUCAAAAUUUUCACAGAGGCACCCAAGGAGUGAAAAGGGAACUGCAGAUCAGCAAAAUCAUGAACCAACUAGACAGCAGCAAAUAUUGCAAUAGGGUAUACAAUAUCCAUCUUACCAAAUAAAAUACUGUAAAGCUACCA